GGGAGAGAGGGAGAGAGGGAGAGCGUGAGCGCGCGCAAGCUAGCGAGCAAACCGAGAGACAGACCGAGAGAGGGACCAGGAGAGAGACCCAGAGAAAGAGAAUAAGAAGCCAGAAGCCGAGCUCUGUGUCAGGGCUCAACCUCCAACUUGUUUCAGUUCAUUCAUCCUUCUCUCCUCUCUGCUUUGGGGAAGUGACUGUGGCGCUCGGUCUCUCCAAGUUGAUACCUAAGAAGAUGAUAAUCACACAAAUGAAUAACUACUACGUGACCAGCCUUGGGCUUCUUUUCCUGAUUAACAUUUUCCCUGGAACCACUGGCCAAGGAGAAACAAGACGACAAGAACCUGGGGACUUUGUGAAGCAGGAUAUUGGCGGACUCUCUCCUAAGCAUGCUCCAGAUAUUCCUGAUGACAGCACUGACAACAUCACUAUCUUCACCAGAAUCUUGGAUCGUCUUCUGGAUGGCUAUGACAACAGGCUGCGACCUGGGCUUGGAGGUUAGUUAUUAUUUUAAGAUUCUCUUCUUGACCAGU